CAGAAUCUCAAGCAAGGAUGAGAAUCACAGAUGCAACUGAUUUCUGGUAUUUUUGACUGAAAGGCAUUUUCACCUGUCAGUUCCAGGGGCUGGUCUACAGCACCAAAUGUAACAGGAAGGGAGAAAUCGCAAAGGGACCAGACCGGGAUUCGAACCCGGGACCCCUGAAUCUCUAGUCAGGUGCUCUACCAACUGAGCUAUCUGGCCACCGGCGAUCGAACCCGGCUGACCGCUACACAUGUAUAACAAUUACAGGGAUUCCAUACACUUUCUGUAUCAGAUCAUGUGACAUCCUCAGUCUAGACCCCACAAUGGAGGACAUCCUCUCCCAGAUCAUCAGAGAUUCGUCUUCUCCGAAAUAUGUGAACAUAAAAAGCAGUGCAAAGGAUGCAUUUGAUCUUUUACAAAACAAGGGUGCGUUAGAGGUGACCCCUGCCCAUGUUUUACGGGAGAAAUGUCUGGAGCCGUUACAUCUAGCUCUGGAAUCCAAAAACAAAAAGCUAGCCACCGAGGCCAUCAGUGGAAUACAGGUGAUAUUUAGUGAUGAGCGAUUUCAGUCUAGUAUUGAGUGUGAAGGAGAGGAGAAAUGGAUGCCCACACAGAUCCUUAAUACAGUGUUAUGUACCCCCACCCUUCCAGAAGAGACACAAAUGGAAAUCAUGAAGCUUUUGUUGAACAUGACAUUUUCUACGUCUUGGUGCAUGAAUGCAAAAGUCAUCACAAAAAUAACACAGGUCUAUAUUGACACGUACAUGACAAGUACACAUAACGUUAGGGGUACAGUGAAGGCUGCUCUCACACAGCUUCUAACCAGUUUCACAGAUAAAAUGCAGUUUGCUGGCAGCAAAGGGGAAGAAGAGAGUAACGAUGUUCUAGUUGACUUCAACCCAAGAGGAGACACGGACAAAAGUGGACUGACUACAGACACCAUCAGUAUUCUACAUUUCUUUACGAACAAGCUAGAGGAGGCCUUGGGCAGCCAGACGAAGAUAUCGGUACCAUUAUUACUGGAGGGAGUGCUGACAAUAAUCAACAAUUCUCCCCGAGAAAUGAACUCCAAUGAACUCUUUCAGGAAAUCAUAUGGAAGAGUCUGUGCCCGGCUCUGAUCUCAUUAUUGGGUUCCCCAAAGUCCGAGAAGACGGUGUGCAGUCACAAGACGGCACACAAAGAAGAUGUUGGCCGUGGGUCGGGGUGUUCGAUGUCUGCCCCAAACCUACAGGCUACCACAGCUAAAACUAUUUAUAGCAUUGCAGUAUCUCUGGUGGAGUUGAUGGGCUCAGUCGGAUCCAUGAGACCUGUUCUAGAGUCGCUGUUCCACAGAAUGCUGUUGUAUUCACCUCCCCAACACAGACUAGAUGCACUCAAGGCAGUCAGAGAGAUACUGAGGACUCCGGAGAGCCUGUAUAACUUAGCAGCCCCAAGCUUGGAUUCGGGAUUGAGGGAGACAGGAGCCAAGAAUCCGAAUGCAGACAUCUCCCUCCUCAAACUGAUCGUGGAUUCUUUGGAGGACUGUUGUCACUGUAACGACUCGGCUGUGUGUGUUACCAGCGUGAGUUGUGUGGAGGAGAUGUUGGGGGCGCUGGAAGAGAUUUGCCAGGGGGCUGGUCUCACCCCCGACCUCCAGACAAACAUGACCAAAUUCUACAGGACAAUAUCAGAAACAGGUACAUCUCGAAACAGCAGUGUGUCAUCCUCCUCUCAAGAAACUGACGGAGAAACCGACACCCAAGAGCCUGACGACACCCAACAAAACAACCUGCAGGACCAAGAUGACAAGGGCACACAACUCCCUGACAUAUCAACUAAGGCAGACUUCUUUGUUAAAGAGUACAGAAUUCGUGAGGAGAUCAAGAGACAGUAUAGCAGGUUUGGGAGGUUCAUGCAGGAGUCAGAGAGACAAAAUGCCCAGGAGUUUGUAAAGAGUCUGGAGACUUUGGUUCCAGAGCUGGGACAGAUGUUAGACAUUACAGAGGUAGACCACGCCCUCCAGCAGUUCGCCGCGGAAUUCUGUACAGCAUUGUAUGGUAAACAGGCACAUGGGGAAAAUGAAAGUGAAAGUCCAGGCGCCAUUUUAAAUGCUGAUGGGGUUUAUGUGUCCAGUGUCAGUGCCCUACACCUGUGUUUACAACUGUCCUCAUCAGGGUAUUAUAAACACCAAAGGAGGGACAGAGCAUGCAUCACAGAGAAUGGGUUUGUGGAUUCUGUGCUGGGAUGCGAUUUGUUAUUGUUCCUAUCCCCGGCCUGGCUUAGGGAGGUUUAUCAUCAUGUGACCAAGAGAGACCUCCUACAGGGUGUGUCAAAAGCCUCAUCAUCUCCUCUUAUCAACCUGCUCAGAGACAUUGACGGCCUUGGGAAUCAGGAGAAGGGUGGGCAGUUCCUGAGUGUGUGUACCACAGAACUGAGAGAAGAAGAGGAGGGGUUUGAUAGAGACAGCCUCGUGAAAUCAGGUAAGAUGUUUGCCUGCCGUGUCUUGUCAAAGUGUUGGGAUGGAAUCCUUGAUGUCCUGUCUGUACUACUGAACGGGAAAUCAUCUUGUGGGAUCUCCAGCAGUUUGGGACUCCUCCUAGGAACUGAGGGGGCCAAGGAAGAGAGCCUGAGAGCGCGGGAGGCGAUCUGUACCAGUCUUAAUGGGCUACAGAAGGCAGCACGGCUUUGCUGUACACUGGGUCUGCAAGAGUACUGUGGGGCAGUAUUCGGCCAGUUGGCCAGCACAUCCUGUGUUAUUCUGGAUACUCAAAGAAGCCCAAUUCUGGACCGUAAAUCUCUGAACAAAACGACAUCACACCAACCAAAGCUCGUGAAGCUUCACGCCUCACACGUCCUCAGUAUGGAUGUUGUCAUGACAACUGGACUCGAGAUGGGGAGUCACUCAGCAGAUUGCUGGAAACAUUUAUUCAGAUGCUCUGCAUUUAUAUCUGAGUUGGAGCACACGUAUUUCAGUAUGGGUAACAAUCACUCCAAUCUCCCUAAACUACAACAGGAGACAGCCACUGAACCAGACAACCAGGGUAGCUUGUUCAGUGACGAGCACGAGCUGUAUGGGGUGUCUGCCACCACGGCGGUUCCUGUGGCGCCAAGGAUCAACAUCACCGAGUUAAUCAAACAGAGCGGCAUAGAGUCUGGAUGGGAGAGGUCUCUGACAGGGGGAGGGGUACUGAAUGCUGCCCAGUCAUCACAGGCCCUGUGUGGGCUUUCACAGGAAGUAGACAGACUGUUUGAGGAUGCAGCCAAUCAGCUCAAUCUGCAGGCCCUGUUGAACUUCCUGUCAGAACUCUGUGACUCGAGUCAGUACCAGCUUCACAGCCUCACUCGGCAGGUACCCUGGGAGGGGAGUCAGGGGGAUUCCAAGCUGCCCCCUAAUGCUCUCCACCUCUACCGCUUACAGGAGGUUCUGAUGAAGGUCGUCCACAGCGAUCGGCCCCUGCUACACCUGAUGAGAGCGUGGAGUGUGGUAUCCCCACAUCUGAUAGAGUCUGCAGGUCACAAGGACAGAAAUGUAUCAAAGAUGGCUGUCACCUGUGUCCAUGACUUCAUCCUGGCCGUUCUGAGUGACCGUCCCGAACUGGCCUACUUCCACGUCAAUGAGCUUUUAUGUAAGGCGUUUGAGAACAUGCUGUGUCUGGAGAUGUGUGACGGGGAUGUGCAGGACCAGAUUGUAUGCUCUAUCUGUGAGUUGGUGGAGGCUUGUACUGCAGACAUUAAGUCAGGUUGGAGACCGCUGUUCGGGGCUCUCCGAGCCGUGAAGAUCGAGUACACGAUUAACGAGGAAGUGAACGAGGCACGACAGCGACAUGUGGCAGCGGUACUGGAUGUUUUCGAGGUGUACCUCAGUACUGACAAUGUCCUUGUGUUUGCCAAUGCCACUGUGGACUGUAUUCUGUGUCUGCUCAAAUACAUCCGGGGACCAGGGGAGUUUGACAACUCUAGUGAGGAUGACUCGGACUCUGGGAGCGACUUUGCCAUGACAACAUCGGGAGUGGAGAACUUGUGUAUCCCAGCCCUGGGAUAUCUAAAGAGAUGUUCCCAGAUCCUUCAAACCAUGUGGAAAAUGCCUGCAUGUCCAGUUUUUAACUGUGCCAAAAGAAUCCAAACGACCCCUUCCAAUGUGUUUGUGGAUGCCAGUCUUCCCCACAUGAAUAUGGGAGACUUCAUCCGCCACUACAGUGUGGUUAGGCGGUGUGAGAGCUGUGUCUCCAGUCCUUCCCAUCCAAUGGUCAGUCAGGGAGAUGUUUCUACCUCAAAACCUGAACCAGCGGUCAGUCGUGUUGAUGUCCCAACCCUAAAACCUGAACCACUGGACAAUGUAGGUCACCUGGACGAGGGUGGAACGGACAGUCUGAACUCAGUAGAUUCAGGUGUUAUAACUAAUCUGAGUGAAAGUAGGUCAGAUAAUAAAAUGGAUAGUGAAAACAUUGACCAGGAAAUGACCCACAGCAACUCUGGUCAUAAGAGCGAUACUGAAAACAUCAGUCCUGUGCACUGUGAGAGAUGUGCAGCUCUGAGGCUCCUUCACAGACAGCCGGGGGGUACCUGGGACAGUGGGCUGGAAUUGAUUGGUUCACUGGAUACUGUAGACAAUAGUACAGGGAUCCUUCAUGUGUGGUUUCUCUUGUUAGAGGGACUAGCUAGUGCUGUGUCGUCCUGUCCUAAAUCAUAUCAACCUGAGACUCUGGAGAUGUUCUUCGAGCUGCUGAAGGCUACAUCAGAUGUGCCCGGUGCUGAGUUUGCCCUGUUUUGUGUGAAUAGUCUCCUCCUUCCGAUGAUCCAGGCAUGGUUACGAGAGGGAGGUCGAAAACCAGGCUACUGGGAAUCGGGGGCCAACAACUUCAAGCAGUGCUGUGGACUGUGUACUGACCUGGUGGUAGAUCUUGUCCACAAGUUCUCAGGUAAAUCCUCUUCAGUCUCUAAUUCCCUGGAGCUGAUGCUGAGACAGUUGUAUAAUAUCCUGGUGGAGUGUGUCUCCCAGCCAGCAGAGGUGAUAUCGAGGCUGGGAUGUUCAUGCAUCAGACAUGUGAUGUUGAGUGCUGGUACGGCAUUUACUGAAGAGAUGUGGCAUAUCAGUGGAGUUGCCAUGGAGACAGCAUUAGAUGUAUCCACAUUCCACCUGAGACAGCUGAUGUUGCUGUUUCAUGCAGACUCUGACAAUUUCUAUGGUGAUAUAGCACAGGUCAAGGUCGCAAUGAGACGAGAUAGCACACCCCAGGAGUGCCACAGACUUCGACAUUUGGCUCAUCAAGUGUUCCUGUUGGACAAUCAGAUGGCUGUACAUCAGCAGACCGUGGAUGUAGAAGAGGAUAAGUCCUUCGUCUUCCUGCUGUACAAACCAGGAGAGGACAACAGUCUCAAUCCGGAGGAUAUUCUUCUCAGGUUACCCUUUAGAAAUGUAGUAGUAGGACUCUUGGCCAAUCAGCUGUUACUCCAGACAAUUGGCAGUGUUCUCCUGAGUACUGAUUCGGCGAACUCCACAACAGAAAAGAGGGAGCACUUCAAAAUGACAGGAAUGAUUCCAAUGCUGUCAGUAAGGACCAUGAUUAAAAUGCUGGAGUGUUUACGCAAUUCUUACAAAGUGGCUGUGGAAUUUGACUCCAGACCGGGGUUAAAGUUCCUGAUCCAGAAAGUGGCCCGGACGGAGGUGGCAGUGAAUCUCUACAAACAGGCCGGGGCCAGCAUGGUCUUCUUCAUCCACUCCCUGCUUCAGAUCUGUGCCAGCGUUCCUGACCUCAGUAAGGUCAAGGUCAAAUCUCUGUCUUACUCAAAUCACCAAAAUCUCUUGGAUAUUUGUUACCAUGACACAAGGCAUUGUUCGAAUAUUGCGAGAGUGUUGUCUAGUCCAGACUUAUUUAUACAACUUCUGAAAGCUAUCUGUGAUGAACUCUGUCAAACAUACGUCGACAUUUUGUCAGACGAGACAUCUAGUCGUGUCGAUAGCAUGGCGGAACAGCAGGUGUUUUUCCUGAUUGCUCAGCCUGACGAUAUUUCUGACAUCGUGAAAAAGAGAAAAAAGGACCAGACAGAGAACCUGAUAUCCAAACCAGUGGUCCCAGGUCUCGAUUUCAUGUCAUCAGCAGUUCAGGGCCCUGAUCUCGUGUCAUCAGCAGUUCAGGGCCCCAACUUCAUGUCAUCAGUGGUCCCACUUCAGGAGCAAACCUGUCCUAGUUCUGGAGGAAGUUCAGAGGAUGAACAGGAAGUGGAGAGUUCCGAUUCUGAUUACCCGACCAAGAGUAAGCGAGAACUCCGAGAGGAUCACGACAGCAAGGUGUACACCAUCGCUACAGACAAACUCAUCCAGUCUCUGAUGACCGAAUACAAGCGACACAAACAGGCCAAUGCCAUGCCAAAGUUUGUUAAAAUCUCCAAAACAAAGAAACAGCCUAAGGACAGGAAGUCUAAAGCAUCUACAGACAAAGUGGAGAGACAGAUUGAAGAACAGAGGAAGGAGUCGUAUAUGAAGGACAGCGAGGCACGAGUGGGCUCCUGGACAGAACUUCUGUGUACGAUACUCGGUCACUUCCACCAGCUCCAGGAUUCCGAGUUCCAAGUUCUCCUCCCCACAGUGUUUAAUUGUGUCAAUCAGCUGGUGUGUCACGCGUCGGAACAACGACUGCGGGAUUCUGUAGGACAGAUUGUGUACAGACUGGGGUACAUGCUGGAGUUAACCAAUGAUAGUCAAGGUUACAACUGUUGAAAAAUCAACCAAUCCCUGUGGAGAUCACAAUAGUCUCAUGUUUACUGAUAAUGAUCACAGAUAAUGAUGGCAAAGAAGAACCUCUCCUUAUGUAGAACUAAUUUUGAAAUAGCUGAGAUUUUUAGAUAAUGUGGUGUAUUUUUAAAUCAUGGUGGAAAGGGCAUUGUAGAUGAUUCUUGAUUUGAAACUCUGUUUAUUAAUUAAUAGCUGGGUCCUUUCUUAUAAAAAUCAGGUCAUUAAUUACCAGCAGUGUCUGGGCCCCAUGUUAUGAAAGUCGGAUCAUGAAUUAAUACAUGUAUCUGGUGCUUUUCAUUAUCAAAAUCUGGUUUUUAAUUGAUUUUUAGUUCCUUUGAUGUAAAAAUCUGGUUAAAAGUUAUUUCUUAUUAAUAUCUGGUCCCUCGUUAUAAAAGUCUGGUUAUUAAUAUUUUGGUCCUUCGUUAUUUAAAAGUCUGGUUAUUAAUAUUUUGGUUCUUCGUUAUAAAAGUCUGGUUAUUAAUAUUUUGGUCCUUCGUUAUAAAAGUCUGGUUAUUAAUAUCUGGUCCCUCGUUAUAAAAGUGUGGUUAUUAAUAUUUUGGUCCUUCGUUAUAAAAGUCUGGUUAUUAAUUAAUAUUUUGGUCCUUCGUUAUAAAAGUCUGGUUAUUAAUAUUUUGGUCCUUCGUUAUAUAAGUGUGGUUAUUAAUACACAUCUGGAUUCUGCUCAUCUCAUUCUACUUAAUGUGUAAUUCACACACCGUUUUACUUUAGGGUUGAGGCAUUCGUUUUGUUACAGUGUUGAUGAUAACUUAUUUUGAAUUCCAUGUAUUGAUGACAUUCCAACAUUAUUCUCUUACAUAUUCCUGGUCAGAGUAAAUCCAGCUUUAUCAUAUGUCAUUUGAUGUAUAUUGAUUCUGUGAACAUUGUGAAAUAAUUGAAUAUGUGCAAUAUUUGUUUUAACUACACAGAAGAUAGUCCCAGUGUUUAUAUACAGAUACCUCAUUUGCAUUUGAUUUAUUUCCCAUUUAAGGGCUAGUACAGGUAUAGUUAUCUGCAGUAUUCAAUCUUGCUAAAUUAAGCCAGAGACUGUAUUAGUUGGUAUGUAUGUGUGAGUGCUUUUGUUCAAUUUACUUUCUCUCCAGAUAGAACGCAUGACAGUCACAAAAAUUGGUAGCAAAUUUUCUUCUAGUGGUCCUGAAGUAAUGCAAACACAAACUUUCCUCUAAUGAUCCUCAAAUACAAAAGUUAUACUUACAGAAAGUCACCUGUAGUGACCCAGAGUAAAACUGACAGUUUCCUGUACUGACUCGGAGUAAUAAUGAUAGUCCCUGUAGUGACCCGGAGUAAUACUGACAGUCCCUGUAGUGACCCAGAGUAAUACUGACAGUCCCUGUAGUGACCUGGAGUGAUACUGACAGUCCUCUGUAGUGACCCGGAGUAAUACUGACAGUCCUCUGUACUGACCUGGAGUGAUACUGACAGUCCUCUGUAGUGACCCGGAGUAAUACUGACAGUCCUCUGUAGUGACCCGGAGUAAUACUGACAGUCCUCUGUACUGACCUGGAGUGAUACUGACAGUCCUCUGUAGUGACCUGGAGUGAUACUGACAGUCCUCUGUAGUGACCCGGAGUAAUACUGACAGUCCUCUGUAGUGACCCGGAGUAAUACUGACAGUCCUCUGUACUGACCUGGAGUGAUACUGACAGUCCUCUGUAGUGACCCGGAGUAAUACUGACAGUCCUCUGUAGUGACCCAGAGUAAUACUGACAGUCCCUGUAGUGACCCGGAGUAAUACUGACAGUCCUCUGUAGUGACCCGGAGUAAUACUGACAGUCCUCUGUACUGACCUGGAGUAAUACUGACAGUCCUCUGUAGUGACCCGGAAUAAUACUGACAGUCCUCUGUAGUGACCUGGAGUAAUACUGACAGUCCUCUGUAGUGACCCGGAGUAAUACUGACAGUCCUCUGUAGUGACCCGGAAUAAUACUGACAGUCCUCUGUAGUGAUCCGGAAUAAUACUGACAGUCCUCUGUAGUGACCUGGAGUAAUACUUACAGUCAUCUGUAGUGACCCGGAGUAAUACUGACAGUUGCCUGUAGUGACCUGGAGUAAUACUGAGAGUUGCCUGUAGUGACCCGGAGUAAUACUGACAGUCCUCUGUACUGACCCAGAGUAAUGCUGACAGUCCUCUGUAGUGACCCAGAAUAAUACUGACAGUCCUCUGUAGUGACCCGGAGUAAUACUGACAGUCCUCUGUUGUGACCCGGAGUAAUACUGACAGUUCUCUGUAGUGACCCGGAGUAAUACUGACAGUCCUCUGUUGUGACCCGGAGUAAUACUGACCAUCCUCUGUAGUGACCCAGAGUAAUAUUGAGUCCCUGUAGUGGCCCGGGAGUAAUACUGACAGUUCUCUGUAGUGACCCGGAGUAAUACUGACAGUCCUCUGUUGUGACCCGGAGUAAUACUGACCAUCCUCUGUAGUGACCCAGAGUAAUAUUGAGUCCCUGUAGUGGCCCGGGAGUAAUACUGACAGUUCUCUGUAGUGACCCAGAGUAAUAUUGAGUCCCUGUAGUGGCCCGGGAGUAAUACUGACAGUCCCUGUAGUGACCCGGAGUAAUACUGACAGUUCUCUGUAGUGACCCAGUUUAAAAAUUUAAUACUAACACAAAUUCCUGCUAGUGAACCUGAAUACAUCUGAUAAUUAUGUAAAUUCUCCAGUGGUCCUCAAUUACAAACAUUCCUGUAUUACCAACACCUAGCAGUCCUCAAAUACAAAUGUGUGAAUACAGUCCUCUCUAGUAGGCCUAAGUCGAUCAUGGCUACUGUAAAUAUCAGGUGAGCAUUAUAACCUAGAAGUCUUAUGAAAUAAAUUUGAAAUGGUCCAUUCAUUCUGAAUGAUGUCUACAUGCAAUUCUUAAAAUCACUGAAAGAUGUUGGCAAUAAAAAAAUCAUUAAAUUGAAAUUACUUUGUGCUGCAUGUAUAAAAAAUAUCUUAUAGCUCCAUCAAAGCCAUACUAUUGCCCUUGAAAAAGAAAAUAUUUAAAUGAUACUCUCUGAAAUGUUAAAGAUAUAUAUUGUAUAUUGAUAUAUUUUUAUAGAGAUAAAUGUAUACGAUAUUAUUCCGAGAAAUUAAAUUUUUUUGUUUACAAAGUAUUAAUGUAUCAUUUUGUUUAUUGUUAUUUUGACAGCUUCUAAACCUAUUUAUUUCCAGUGUUGUGGACAUAUUUCAGCAAGCUUUUACAAGUAUUAUAUUUGUUAUUCGAAAUCAUUGUCAAAAUUGUUUUAAUGUAUUUAAUAAAAAGUCAAAUCAAAGUUA